AUGAAACGAACCGAUUCUUAUUACAAACAGUCAUUGGUGCAAGAGGAGCAACCUUGCACACAACAGCAGCAUCACACAGCAGCAGCAACAGCAGCAACAGCAGCAACAGCAGCAGCAGCAGCAGCAGCAGCAGCAGUAGCGGCACACAGUCAGCAUAUUUUUGCUCCUCUCCUCAACAUUUUAAAUCGUUGCAAACUGAAAAAGAUGGAAGCAUGUGAGAAUGAGAAAUGGUUGGGAUUAGAGAACGUUGCAGAAGGAAGGCCUGCAAGUGAUCUUUCUAUCUUGGAUAACAAUAACAGUACUAUAUAUAGUGAUACCGAGGGAUGUGUGAUGGCGAAAUGGAGUGGAAAAGUUGGUGUUUCUUCCUUUGACUUCUCUUCAAAUAUUAUGAUGAUUCGAUUCAUUCCCUCCUCCCCACUGUUUGGCCCAGAAGAAUCACCAUCUUUAUGGUCACAUCCGGAACGAAUACUUGCACUAAACAGUGGUAGGGAUGACCGUUCUCGUCAUUCAUCCUAA